AUGCCUGAGAAGAUAGAUCAAGAGGGUGCUGGGCGGGUCACUCGAAUACUACCCGUCCACCGAUUUGCAGACUGCUCACCAGGUCAAGACAUCUUAGCAAAAUGGGCUGGACAGGUCAAACAGGAAGGGCCCGAAGUUACAGCUCUUCUUGAAGCUGCGGAGGCUAUCCGUACUAGUGAUGUCCCUGUGGCCUUUCCGACGGAAACAGUGUAUGGAUUAGGAGCAGACGCUACACGCAGUGCAGCGGUUCAGGGAAUAUACAAGGCGAAACAGCGGCCAUCGGACAAUCCACUUAUUGUUCAUGUCAGCUCUAGGGAACAACUUGAACGACUUCUUCAGACUUCUCAGCCGUCAAAUGGGGCCAUACACAACCCUACUGCAUCACCUAUUCCGAAAAUAUAUGAACCAGUAAUCGAGAAAUUCUGGCCAGGAGCGCUAAGCAUUAUCCUUCCCAACCCCUCUCAUUUGCCUUUAGCACCGGAAGUCACUGCGAGUCUCUCAACUUUUGCCGUACGGAUGCCUUCAUCUCCCCUGGCGCGACUCCUGAUCGCACUUGCUGAUAGGCCAGUGGCUGCACCGUCCGCAAAUGCUUCUACAAAACCUUCUCCUACCACUGCACAGCAUGUAUAUACAGAUCUUCAGGGACGCAUUGAUAUCAUCCUAGACGGCGGACCAUGUGGAGUGGGUGUUGAGAGUACCGUUGUCGAUGGGCUUAGUUCGCCACCUGCAAUUCUCCGACCAGGUGGAGUUGGCAUUGACGAACUACGAACUUGCCCGGGAUGGGAGAAUGUGCAAAUUGGCUACAAGGACGGAGCUUUACAAGGCAAAGCUACUCCUCGAGCUCCAGGGAUGAAGUAUAAGCAUUAUUCUCCAAAAGCAAGGGUUGUCCUUUUCGAGGCUGGGCAGGACAUCUCCUUUGUUACGAACCGAAUAAUUACUGAUAUCAAUAAACGAUCCGAGCCGGGAAAUGAUGCAACUUUUUUCUCAUCUAUCGGUAUUAUUCGAACGAAAACGUGGAAAAAGGGGCUGGGGAUAUCUCAACCACCGCCCAAUGAUGCAAAUGGUGAAGUUGCACCUUCGACUAUAAACUCGCCCGCCGAUAUACCAAUAACAUGUAACGAAAUCAGUUCAACCUCACAAAUCACCCACAUGUUUGAUAUAUAUUUAGGAGACGACACUUCGUCCAUUGCUCGCGGCUUGUUCUCUGCCCUUCGCAGCCUUGACGAAAGGAAUGUAUCCGUUAUCUACAUUGAAGGAAUAUCAGAUACCGAAGGAGAUUUAGCGGCAGCUGUCAUGAAUCGAUUACGAAAAGCUGCUGAGGAAGAAGUCAAGGUUUCUCAAUGA